AUGGACGCCCCAGCGCCAGAGACAAACGACGUCUUCUCACUCUCCGACCAGCUUCUCGCAGAACGUCUUCAGUUCGUCAAAGAGAUCGGCUUCGGAAACUGGGGCAGCGUUUGGCUGUGCCGUCCCAAAUCCAGUUCUUCAUCCGACAAGCACAAGGACGUCCAAGUAGCCGUUAAACUCGUCCACCGCUCCAAGACCAGCACAACGGCUGCGCGCGUGCGUUCGCUAUGGAACGAGAUGAAGAUCGUGCGCUCGUUCAAGGCCGACCCGCAUCCCUCGAUCAUCCCCUUUCAUUCGUUUAUUAUCACCCCAUCAUACGCGCUCAUCACGAUGGCUUACCUACCAACGCUCGUCCCCGUCGAAGUAUCUGAACCCCGCGCAAAGGAAUGGUUCCGCUCACUCUUGAGUGGUGUCCACUUCCUGCACGAGCGUGGGGUCGUGCAUAACGACAUCAAACCUGCCAACAUCCUGCUCUCCCACAAGAAUAUACCCGUAUUGGUCGAUUUCGGGUUCGCGGAGAAGUAUGACCUUGCGUCACCCAAAGCAUUCCAUAGCAAUUUGACAUAUGGCACUCCUGAGUAUCUCUCCCCUGAACGCGCUCGUGGCCUUCCCCACGACACCCGCAAGUCCGACAUCUGGUCCCUCGGUGUGACCUUUUUCGAGAUAUUGGUUGGUCGGACGCCCUUCGAGUAUGAAGAGGGCGAGCAGUUUGCGAGCAAAGCAGACCUGGAGAAGUACUGGGGCAGAACGAUGCGUGGCAAAUGGGUAGGCGCAUACACCAUCCCCAGGCCUGCGGAGAAGCUCCUCAAGCGCAUGAUUGUUCCUAAUGCGGAUUUGAGGUGUACGGCGAAACAGGCCAUGGCUGAUUUAUAUUGGCAUGCUGCAGCUGCAACGCCAGUUUCAGACAAGCACACACAUAACUCCAUCCCUAAAGAGGCAUCCGUCUCGCGCCUUCUGGACAUUUCGCUCCCCUGGUCCACUAAUUCUCGCUCUCCAUCACGCGCCUCAGCAUCCCGCUCAGCCUCCCGCACCCCUGAAAAGGAAAGGGAAGACACCACCGGCGAGAGGCACCAUGCACGAUCGAAAUCACAGCCCAAGCUCCGCUCACCUUACCCUCACGCGGAUGGAUAUCGUCAAGGACGAAAGUUGUCAACUGGCGCAAAGAAACUCGGACCUGCUCCUCUCAGUCCCGUCGAUGCUACAACCAUGAGUGGUAACACAAGCAGCAGCUCCGGGUUGUUCUCGCUCAACUCUCUCUCGCCGGUACGGACACCGCUUGGACCGAGGACACCUUCGAAUCUCGCACAUAGGAAUAUAUCAGGCGCAAGGACCACGGGCACGAGGACAGGGAGGGAGAACACACCGCGUACAAAAGGAAACUCGUCAAUCGCGGAUAGCAAAGAAAACAACCCCAACACCAAAGAGAACGGCACACCCAAAAUGAGCGGCCGUGUGUUGGCGGAUUUGACAGGCUUUGCGAAGAACGUGGACUUGGGUGCGCAUGGAUUGCCAAAGGCGAGGACGAAGGGGACUUUGAGGAGUGUUUCAGACUUGAGGAAUGUUUCGAGGACGGAUGUUAGGAGCGCAUCGAGACCGGACCUUCGUAAUACUUCGAAGACGGACGUUCGGAGCGUAUCGCGGACGGACCUCAAUCUGGGGCAGAACACGUCGAUGGCAAGUCUGGAUGAGCACCGCACCUCCAAUACGUCCGUUGCAGACCUCGCGAACGUAUCAACAGCCGCGAAUGCCAGUGGUAUGGCCAAUACGACGUCCUCAACAGUAGGCAAAGGCAGCGUGCGUGACCGUAUGCGCGAGUGGGAACGCGAACGCGAGCGGUUGCGGGAGAUGGAGAGGCUGACGGAAAUGCAGCGUGAGGCUGAGUCUAUCUUGACAUCGGCGAAUGGAGACGUUAAUGACGAUGACGAGACGGAGUUGAGCGAUGAAGAAGUGGAAUGUGCGAUUCAAAGAGAGGAGGCUCAGGAGGCGCGUCGGUCACCCGUUGCGAGCAUCCGGGGGAGUCCUGUGGAGGUGUACGCCAAGCAUGAGGUGAAGACAGAGGAGGCGGAUGGGGAGAUUGAUCCGAAUGUUACGAGCUAUCUGGAAUGUAAUCUCCCAAGUGAAAUGCACCGCACGAGCGAGUCUGGUUUCAUCGGACUCAAGCACAGCGUAAAAGCUUCGAUCGGUACUCUGAUUCUAAAUUUUGACGAUAAAGACAAAGGCGUUCGGAUGUACAAGUCCUCAACGCUGGGUCAAAUCACGACUGGUCGUACGACACCUGUGUGGUGUGCUUCCCCGGAGCCUAUCGAGUUUGAGCAACGCCGAUCGGGUGAAGUUGGGAGAUUCAGCUAUGAGGAAAUUCGUCCAGAGGAUUCCGCCGAGAAGGAACGAGAGACAGCUAUUGACCGGAUGAAUCUUUGGAUUCAGAACGUAGAGAGGGUCGUCGAGGAAACGCGCCAGAACUUUGCUUUUGCAUCCAACAACAUCACUUCACCUCCUGCGCUUCCGCUUUCGCCACCCAUCUCACGUUCUAAUUCGCAAGUCCAUGCGCUCAAUGCUAAUACGUCGCGUUCAUCUUCGCGCCUGCCACGCCGCACGCUUGCCGCGAAUGAAAUCUUCUGUAAUGAUCCCAAUGCCCCGUUGUCCCCUGGACGGUCGGCUCUUGCGGAUCAGAGCAACUCGUUCUCUGGGUAUAUAUCUCCCGAUGAUUCUGGGUUUUCGCAACGUGCUGGUGUGCCUACCAUCAACGUGCUCGCUCAGACUCCCCGACGCCAGCGUCGUGCUACUAUCUCGACGCGCUCGCCGAAGGUGGACGAAAACGACAUGGAUGGGUUGGGCUCGCCGUCGAAGAGAAGGGAGAAGUCACGAUCCCAGGGUAAUUUAGACAGGCAUAUUAGACCUGUGGAUAAGCUUGAGUUUGAUCUUACGAGAGAAACGGUAGCAGCGCCUACGCCCCGGUUAUCUGCAGUACUGGACCGGAAUCUGUUCAUUGCGCCGCCACGGUCGAGUGAUGUGGAUGGGAAUGGGAUGCAAACGCCUCACCCUAUAAGACGACGGUCGAUUUUGUUCGAUGAUAGCGAUCUUACUGCGUCUCCUUUCCAUGUCGAGCCUUAUCCGCCGCGCAAGUCUGGGGAGCAGAUGGUCAUCAAUUCGCCAGACCUCCGUCGUGUGGAAGGCGUUUACGACCGCUUCCUCAUGUCUACCACUGGUGUCAAACGCGUCGGCAAGGGAUACCAAUCCGACAACCUCAAACCUGUUCCCAGUGCGCCCUCCACUUUGGAGUACAAGUCAACAAACAACAAUUCGCGUAACUUCAAGGUGUUUAACUCAUCUCGACGGGCGAUGCCUCAGCCAGUGUCUAGUGAUGACAUGUGGCGCAAUCCGUCUGUGGAUGAGCUUGGUGUCGUGGCCUGCAGUGCAAGCACGUCACGCUCGUCGAAGGAGGAAAGCAAGAGCACUGCUACUGCUACGCUCGUUCGUCGCGCAAUCAAGGCGAUGGUGCCUGGAAGGACGGUCUCCAGAAGAUUGUCCCGCACUAUUAUUGCCUGA